AAAACGUCGUGCAUACGCAAGUGGAGACAUGUUUUUUUUUUGCUUGUCGAAUUGUUCCUGACAUAGAUCUCCAUUAAUCGGGAAUAUAUCUUCAUUUUUUUGGCAUGCUAUUUUUUUCUGAACAAAAAUACCACCCCCCCCCCUGGAAAAUCCUGGAUUCGCCCUGACUCCGUAGAAGAUCCAUUGUAUCACACACUAUUAUUGUCAUCGUUGAAUUUUGUUUGAAAGCCCGCCGUGUUUCGAAUGAAAAGCUCUGCGUCGGUUGUAGGUCCAUUCGUUACACGUAUAGGAGCCAUUGAGAUACUCAAGUUGGAAACCAGAAUGGGUGAAUCGAGAAUUUAGGGGGAAUUCCUUAAUAACUUCACUGUUGGCAAGAUUUUGGAUUAGACAUCGCUGAGCAGCAAACAUCACUGAGAAUAUCAUCACAAAUAUACAAGUAAGACAUUCAUGUUAAUGACGGAGAAUAGACAUCUUUGUCAGAGAUCAUCGUUUAGACCAUCACUGAUAUACCAAUACCAAACCUAUUUCGAUCGAUAAAGCGAAGAUGGGCAACAAACCAAGCAAUGAUUUAAAACCAGAGGCUCUCAACGAUCUUCGGAAACAAACCGACUUUACAGAAGAAGAGCUUAAACAGUGGUAUGCCGAUUUCAAGAAAGCCAGCUCAAAGGAUUACCUCACAAAAGCAGACUUCAAGAAGUUAUAUUCCCAGUACUUCCCUUCGGGUGAUGCUACGAAGUUUACCGAACACGUAUAUCGUACGUUCGACAGUAACCGGGACGGCUCGAUAUCUUUCCGAGAGUUUAUGUGUGGGAUGAGUGUACUCGCUCGUGGUACGGUUGACGAGAAAUUGAGCUGGAUCUUCAGUAUGUACGAUAUCAACAAGGAUGGAUAUAUCUCAAGACCAGAGAUGUUAGAAAUACUUCAGUCACUGUAUAGAAUGGUAGGUGAGAUGUCAGACGAUACACAUUAUGAUGAAGCUACACCAGAGAACAAGCUCGAGAUUAUUUUCAGGAAUGUGGAUCGAGAUGGUGAUAAUAGACUCUCACUUAGUGAAUUCCUUGAUGCAGCCUCCAAUGACCCUGGAAUCAUGUCCAUGCUGCAGUAAUGAAUUCAUCUAGGAAUGUAAUAUUAAGUUGGUAUCUUAUUUUUCCCUUGCCACGUUGUUCACACCACAGUUGGAAUGAUCUUGGACCCCCUUGGACCCCUACGAAAAACACGACAGUGCUGAUAGUGUGUUCCAUCCCACGAGUGGUAAAUAAAUGAAUAAAUAAACAAAUAUAUAAGAAAUAAAUAAAUACAUAUAUAUUAAUAAAUAAAUAAUUAAAUAAAUAGAUAAAUAAAUAAAUAGAUAAAAAUCGAAUGUGUGUUUUGUUCGAUUUUAUCCAUGGUGUAUGUUGAACAUUUUUUUCCUUUACGCUAAUAAAAUAACAUCGUUGAUUUUUUUAGGCCUGUUUUGUUGAAUAAAAUUAUGUUCUUGCCUUGUUUAUAUUUUAGGUUAGAAUUUUGUAGACGUUCAGAAGAAUUAAGCUAUUGAAUUUAGAGGUGUAGUACGUGUUAAAGAAAAAUAUAAUUUCUCUGUUAGAAUAUGAUUGUAAUAUACACUCUAAAAAUGUAUACCCAAUAUUGGGUAAAAUGGGAACAUGCAUGUUGAUUGGGUACAAAUGAAAGAUACCCAUUAUUUUGUAAAUUUUACGCAAUGUUGCGUUGAAAUUGCCUAAUAUGGUGUAAAAGAAAAAUACCCAGCAAACAUGCAUGCUCCCUUUCUACCCAAUAUUGGGUAAAAUUUUACUCAGUGUUUUUAGAGUGUGAGUUUCGAAAGUGUAAAAUAUUUAUCUAUUUUAAUUUUAUUAAACUAUUUUUUGUAAAUAGGGUAAAAAAAAUAAGCAUGCAUGCAUGGUAUAACCACAUUUUUUUGGUAUUGUUAUAGUAGGUACUGUACAUUCUGAGUAUAUAAACAACGUAUUACAAUCAUUUUUACGUACCACGAUUAAAAUAGCGGAAUUGAUUAUUAUACCCCAUGCCUGUAGCACGAAAAAACAUGUGACCAUAAUAGGGUAACAUCAGUACUGACGUACCUGAAUUUGUGGUAUAACAGAGACCACAGUUUUAUGGAGCGCCAAUUGCCAACUCAAUUACAAAGUGCAAAGUUGUUAUAAUGUAGUUAUGCGAUGACAAAUAACUCAAUAAUAUUGUUUUUAUAGAAGGAGCAAAAAAAGAUUAUCUAACAUAUUUUUGUUAUUUACCCUUUUCAUAAUUGUUGACGAAUGGUAUGAAUAAACUAGAUGAAACUAGA